UGAGACGCUUUGUACUCACGCAGGAAGCUACACAUCAACAUCUGAAGUAACGGGUCAUUUUAAAAAUUUCCUGAAAUAUAUAUAUAAUUAUUACGAAGAAACCGACAGUGGGGGUUUUAGGGGCGCAGCGGGGAAAUGGCGGUGUAUUUUGACCACCGCAUCGAUGCUCCAGAAAACGGGGAUGUUCCCAGUCAGUUGACAUGGCACUCCACUCUUCCUGUUCUGGCUGUGGCGUCUCACAGCCCUUCAGCUGGAGGGAAUGUAGAUCUCUAUCUGCAACAGGGAGAACAUGUAGAGAGCUGUCAUGUAGAGCGUCCUCAUCAGCCCACGGUGCUCCACUGGCAUCCCUUAAAGCCAGUUUUGGCUCUGGGCUGGGAGAAUGGUGAAGUGGUGCUGCUCAUGCACCCCUCUGGAGAUCAGACAGUUCUACCCAGCCUACACACAGCUUCCAUCACUCUGCUGGAAUGGAGUAGUUCUGGCAGCCGCCUGGUAACUGGAGAUCAGACUGGAGUUUUAGCUGUUUGGAAAGUGGACGCUAGAGGAAGACUUCAGGGAAACCAUUUAGUGAAGCAUGAAUACAACAAACCUUUGACUUACUGCCUCUUCAGACCAGCUUUACCCGGAAUUGAUGUGGCAAAGCUUGCUCGGGCAUCGGUGAGUGGGGAUGAAAACGCUCUGGACAUGUUCAGCUGGAAGGGAGCUCCCCUGAAGAUGGGACCACAGGAAGGACUUGUGUUCUACGUCAGCUCUGCUGAUGGGAAAGUCCACAGCGUGGAUGAGCAUGGUAAAACAAGCCCACUUCUUCGUGUUGAGGGUUCCAUCAGGAAACUUGUCUUUGUGAAGAAGAGAGAGGUCCUGGCAGUGAUCACUGACAGUCUCAUGCUGUCUCAGUACACUCUGGGACCAGAGGGUGAGGCACAGGAUUUCAUGAAGGUUAAGCUGAGUAGCAAGUCUGGGCAGAAUGUCGAUAUUGUGUGGACAGAAAACAACCUCCUCAUUACAGCAACAGGGGAACACAUGAUCAGGCUAUGGGACUUGGAUAGAGAUGACAACUACAUUUUGUCUCUCGAUGAGACAUUGGGAUUUGAUAGAGGCGAGCUGAUCAAUUGUGUGUCAUACUGUUCAGCAAAAGAAAUUCUUGCUGCUGGUACCUCCAAUGGACGCAUAGCAAUGUGGAAGAAGUUCAGCAGCAGAUCAGACACCAAGACUCAGUGGAAAUUACAGACACCCACUGAAAUAGAGGGAAACGUUACACAACUUCAGUGGGGCUGCAGCUUGAAUCUGUUGGCUGCAAACAAUUCAAAGACGGUGCUAAUCCUCUGCGAGCAUUUGAUGUCUGCCCACUUCAGUCAGCAGGUGGCAGCAGUGCAGCUCAGCCCAACACAGCUCAGCAUCUCUAACUUUACCACAGGGGUGCACCUUGCUCUCCAGUCUGACAUGCACAUCAAAGGAGUUUGUGUCACCAAGGACUCUGUAAUAGUCUGGAAUGGCAAAUUGAUUAAUGUGUACGAGCUUUCUGGGACAGCUUUGCACAACACAGGAUCCUUUCUUUGCGAUUCCCAUGUGGUAGCCGUGCAUGACGAGAACCUCUACACAGUAGAACCAAACAAGUUGCAAAUCCGAACACUACAGGGCACGGUAAAACAGCAUUUAUAUUUCUCGAAGGCAGAAGGGAACCCCAUGCUACUCAACGUGUGCCAGUCUUACCUGGUGGUGGGUACAGACACGGCACACAUCCAAGUUUUUGACCUUUCCAGAAGAGAUGCCAAAGCUAAUUGCAAGACUAAGAAUUUGGCAGACCACAUUGCUAAUCUGGGAGCCUUGAGGUCCGUCAAGUGUAACUCCAGUGGCUCCUACAUCAGCAUCUUAAUCUCUCAGGUUAAUGGACGACUGGACCACAAGGUGUACUUUUAUGACAUCGAGAUGGACACUUUGACACACUUUGACUUCUUUACUGGCAGACAUUCCAGCAGUAUCUCCCAACCAGAAGAAAGUGAAAAUCCCAGACAGGAGUCUUCUCACAGUGAAGUAAGUGGUCGCUACCCCGUGUCUCACUUCUGGGAUGAGAGCGAGCCUCGUCUUUUUGCGUGCGAGACGGUGCCAGUCAGCUCGGAAACUUCAUCAGAAUCUUUCUUGGAUAUGGCGGAUGUGUCCGUUGUGACACUGUUUUGUACUCAGGAGGAUGGACUCCUUCUCCACGAUUACUACCUGAAACCUUUAGGCCUGCAGGCCCUCCUCGCUCUGGAUGUGCCUUAUUAUUAUUACAGCUGUAAGCCUGGUGAGAUGGAUCAAGGCUCAACUGAGGCCUCAUCACUUUCACAUCAGACCCACUCAUCAAAAUCCAAGCCUUCUCAGUUCCCUCAUAUGGUGUCCAGGCGGCCUCUCAAAGACUUUGUUGGUCUGGAGAGCUGUGAAAAGGCCACUCGGGAUGCCAUGCUCAACUUCAGCUUCUAUCUGACCACUGGUGACAUGGACAAGGCCUUUAGGUCAAUCAAGCUCAUAAAAAGUAAAGCGGUGUGGGAAAACAUGGCAAGGAUGUGUGUGAAAACCCGCCGGCUGGAUGUAGCCCAAGUGUGCCUUGGGAAUAUGGGGAAUGCAAGGGCAGCGAAAGCACUGAGAGAGGCGAAGGCUGAGCCUGAACCAGAGGCCCAAGUAGCAAUGUUGGCCAUUCAGCUGGGCAUGCUGGAAGAUGCAGAAAAGUUGUACAAGAGCUGUCAGCGGUUUGACCUGCUGAAUACUUUUUACCAGGCCUCUGGCCAAUGGCAGCAAGCUUUGGAGACGGCAGAAAUUCACGAUCGCAUCCAUCUGCGCACAACCUAUUACAAUUAUGCCAAAUGCUUGGAGUCUAUGGGUGACAAAAUGCAGGCAAUUACUUUCUACGAGAAGUCAGACACACACAGGGUUGAGGUGCCCAGAAUGCUACAGGAUGACACUUCAUCUUUAGAGGUUUAUGUAAACAAAAAGAAGGACAAGAGCAUAUACAAGUGGUGGGCCCAGUACCUGGAGAGCCAGUCAAAAAUGGAUGCAGCACUGCAUUUCUAUGAGCUCGCUCAGGACUACCUCUCGUUGGUCCGGGUGCAUUGUUUCAUGGGGAGCAUUCAAGAGGCAUCUCAGAUAGCAAAUGCGACGGGUAACAGAGCAGCAUCGUACCACCUGGCCAGGUAUUAUGAGAGCCACGAUGAUCUCAAACAGGCAGUCCAUUUUUACACAAGGGCCCAGGCCUACAAUAAUGCUAUACGACUUUGUAAGGAGAAUGGUUUGGAUGACCAGCUGAUGAAUUUGGCUCUGCUCAGUAACCCAGAGGACAUGAUGGAGGCUGCCCGCUACUAUGAAGAAAAAGGCAGCCACAUGGACCGAGCUGUGGUGCUCUAUCACAAGGCUGGUCAUGUCUCCAAAGCUCUGGAGCUCGCAUUUUCCACAGAGCAGUUCUCUGCCCUUCAGCAAAUUGCAGAAGAUCUGAAUGAAAACUCCGAUCCAGCCCUUCUAGCUCGCUGCUCUGACUUCUUCGUUUCACACUCCCAAUAUGAAAAGGCUCUGGAACUACUAGUUGCAGCCAAGAAGUACCAUCAGGCCCUGGAGCUGUGUUUGAGUCACAACCUGACCAUCACAAAUGAUCUGGCUGAGAGAAUGACAGUUACUGAUUCAAAGGACUUAUCUAAAGAGGCCCGCAAUGAACUCCUGGAGAGGAUAGCUGACUGCUGCAUGCGACAGGGCAGCUAUCAUAUGGCGGCAAAGAAAUAUUCACAAGCAGAAAACAGGGUGAAGGCAAUGAAGGCACUCCUGAAGUCAGGCGACACAGAAAAGGUGAUUUUCUUUGCCAAUCUCUGUCGCCAGAAAGAGCUUUUCAUCAUGGCAGCUAACUAUCUCCAGUCCUUGGCCUGGCAUGAAGAUCCAAAGAUCUUAAAGACCAUAAUACAGUUCUACAUUAAAGGCAAGGCAUUAGCUCUCCUUGCUGGCUUCUAUGAAGCCUGUGCUCAGGUGGAAAUUGAUGAUUACCAAAAUUAUGAAAAGGCUCUGGAUGCUUUGACAGAAGCUUUUAAGUGUCUCUCAAAAGCCGAGGACACUUCAGGAGGACAACAGGCAACGAGAUUAGCUGAGCUACAGCAUAAAAUCACUCUCAUCAAGAAGUUUAUCCACAUGCAAAGGUUGUAUUCUGAAGAUGCACAGGAGGCGGCACUCUUAUGUGAAGCUUUGCUGCAGGAGCCACAGUUGGACCCCCCCAUCAGGAUCGGGGACGCAUUUGGGUUCCUGAUUGAUCACCACUGUCAGAAAGGCAACUUGGAAGCGGCCUAUCAUAAGCUAGCCGAGCUUCAGAAGCUGCUGCCGUCUCAGAAAAUUGCGUGCUACAUCAGCCAGACUAGUUUACAGGCUCUGCAGUCAAAGAUGGAGGUGCUUCAAGGUCCUGGUAGCAGAGCUGGAGUAGCAGAUGAGGAUGAAGUGGAGGAGGACCUUUAGUUGUUUCUUAGACGCUUUAUGUAUCUUUAAUUUACUGUUGAAAGUUGUUUGAAAAUAAAAUAGGCACAAAAAUGGCUGCAAAAAGCUUCUGACAGUAACACAGAGGAAGAUAUGCAAAUUAAAAAAGUUUCUCCAAAAAUUUCAAAAAGACUCUUGAUAUGAGCUGACACUUGUUUAAAUCCUACAAUGAUAGCAGGUUCCUCUUUUUGCCCUGAAGAUCAAAUUUAUUCUGAUGUGUAAAUUGUAAUAUUGCCCAUCAAUAUUUGUGCUGCUGAGAAGUAUUUUUUACUGAAAUAUUUUUGAUAAGCCAACCUGUAGAAUCAGACACUCACUGUAUCUUUAAAAAUUGUCUUCUGUCAAAACCUUUUUACAUGAAUUUUUUUUUUUCUUUUUUUUUUAGAUAAAACAACAGACUGUAGUAAUGUCCAGUUCUUGUCACAAGGUGGCGCUGUUGUCUUUGAAACUCAAAGGAAAAACCAACUCAGAUGGAACUUUACAUUUGCUAAAUGUAAAAGUGUGUUAAGGAUUUAGUCAGUGUUAGGGGGGCGGAGUCUGUUCUUCUAGGUUAAAUACAGACGAACAAGAUGAUGUUGGUGGGCUAAAAAUGAUCAAGAUAAAGAAACAAUCCUGUAAUUAUACACUAAAAGUUUGGUCGCUUCUCUUUCUAAUUUCAGUUAAAAACCAUCGUAAACUGUGUCAAAGAGAACAUGAAAAGAGUUUGUAGCCAAAGCUAUGGGAACCGCGUUUGUAGCCAUGGCAACAAAAAAAAGCUGUCAAUCACAAGAAACCAGAAAACGUUUAAGUUAAACUUUAGGGCUUUGAUAGAUUAAAGCGGGUGGAAUUUGACCGAGAGACAAAAAUGGUCUUAAGUUGUACUCUGACUUUCACUUUUGAGGAACCUGUCUUAAAUCUGGUUUGAAGUUAAAGCAGAGAUUGGCCGUUUUAAUUCAUACACCUUUGUGGAACAUCUGAAGUUCCUUUACAUGUGAUUCUUGCAUUUGUUUAUUGAAAAUGUGUGUUGAAGAGCGACUUAAACUUUCAAUGUAUACACUAACCAUGAACAAAAAUCAACCCCAGGCUCCACAAAGCAACAGCAAGAAGGUCCAAAAAUGUUUUUACAACAAAUCAAAGCAGAGACCGUGAAACAAUGAGCAUGAAUUGUUUUUAAGCCUUAAUAUUUGAAGCAUUUGUCUUACGUUUGUCUAAAAUACAAGUUUCUGAUCAACAUAUGCUGCUUUUCAUGUUUCAUGUUCACAAUAAAAAAAAGCAUUUCAAGUUGUUUUAAAAAGCAGAAGAUUUGUAGGAAAUUGUUUGAGCUGGUGCUUGUUUCUUGAUGGAUUUUUAUGUAUUAUUUCAGAAGUUUCUAAACUAAGAUGAGAUCACAAAUGAGCUAAAGAAAAUACAGAACAGCUGUUGUUGCUUAUGCACAAAACUGAACUUAAUUAAACAACAUCCCAUCGU